AUGGCGGAAAACAUCCUUGAACUUCGGAAUAUUACGAAAACCUUCGGCGAUUUUGUCGCUGUUGACAGUGUCGAUUUUGAGCUCCAAGCGGGUGAAAUCCACGCGAUUUUAGGUGAAAAUGGUGCUGGAAAGUCCACGUUGAUGAAUCUUAUCUACGGACUUUACCAGCCAUCGGGCGGACGCAUCUAUGUUACCGAUCGCGAAAACUGGCAGCAUAGGUUACGGGCAAAGUCGCCACGGGAUGCGAUUGCUAACGGUAUCGGCAUGGUGCAUCAGCAUUUUAUGCUGAUUGAGAAUCUCACUGUCGCUGAGAAUAUUGCCUUGGCUCUUGGACAAUUGCGUUCGGGACCACGGGGAAGCGCGUCUUCAAACGAGCGGUUUGGUCUGAUUGUUGAUCCGACUGCGUUGGUGCGGAGUUUAUCAGUAGGCUUAAAGCAACGUGUGGAGAUCCUCAAAGCACUCGCCGUUGAUGCCCGGAUCCUGAUUCUUGACGAACCCACCGCCGUUCUGAGUCCACUGGAAGUGGAAGGCUUCUUCACAAUUCUACGUAAACUUCAAGCCGACGGUCGCGCCAUCAUCUUCAUUAGCCACAAAAUGAAAGAGGUUUUGAGUAUCAGUGAUAGGAUUACCGUCUUGAGGCGCGGCAAGAAAGUUUACCUCGGUCCGACGGGGGAACUGACUGCAGGGGCACUCGCGAGGGAGAUGAUUGGGGAAGAAAUCAACGAGGUUGAACGUUCUGCCAGUCCACAUCUCGAAAACGAUCCUCCAGACAAUGUACUACAACUCUCAAAUCUAACAGUCCUCGGCAGUCGAAACGAAGUCGCAGUGUCAGAUGUUUCCAUGGAGACCUGUCGCGGUGAAAUCGUUGGUAUUGCCGGCGUAGAUGGCAAUGGGCAGCGCGAACUCGCCGAGGCGAUCAUGGGCUUGCGACACAGGGCAUCUGGAACAAUAGGCAUCUUAGGUGCCAAUCCGCAGGGGAUAAAGGCAGUCCGACAGCGCGGUGUUGGCUAUAUUCCUGAGGAUAGACAGACAACAGGUGUCAUCGCGGGGUUUUCGGUUACGGAAAAUCUCUUGCUGAACGUGACCCACUUAGAGAAUAUCGCACAGUGGAAUAUCCUUAAUCAGAAACGAAAGCGGGAGACGGCAGAAAAUUUGAUUACUGAUUAUGACAUCCGUCCUCCUAACCCUGAUAUUCCGGUUUCUUCACUUUCCGGUGGCAAUCAACAGAAAAUCGUCCUCGCCCGAGAAAUCUCACUUCAACCGGAUCUCCUUAUCGCUGUCAAUCCUACACGCGGUUUAGAUGUCAAUGCUGCCCACUAUGUACACGAGAAUUUGUUGGCACAACGCGACCAUAAGAAAUCUGUACUGUUAAUUUCAACAGAGUUAGACGAAGUUUUGCUGUUGAGCGAUCGACUCUACGUCAUGUCGAGAGGCAAGUUGAUCGAAGCGACGGCGCAGCGCAACGAUGUUGAGGCACUCGGAUUGUUAAUGACCGGAGAAACCCACACAGAGGAAUAG